AUGCAAACAGAAUCUAGUAGUAGCUCAAGCGAUAGUUCAUCCAGCUCAAGUGGUGGAUCUAGUUCAUCAGAUUCCGAGACUUCACCAGACGAUGAAUUGAAUAAUGAACGUUUAACAGCAGUGGUUCAGUCCAGGGUGAAUAUAUUUCCUACAAUAGCUAAUUGCAUCGAAGAUUCUCGCUAUGAUUCGAUUGAGCCAGUACCUUCAACUUCACGUUCUACAGCUAAUACACCUCCAAGUUCUUUGAAUCACAAUGCAAAGAAAUUUUUGAAUGAUUUUGGGGCAUGGGAGAUCUGCAAAGGCAACGAGAUUUUAUUUUACGCCAUAUUUCCGUCAUUGAACCACGAUAUUCAUACAAGAUGCCUAGAUAUAACUGAUGCCUCUAUCCGAACUGUUCUUCAAAAGAAGAAGAAUUCAUGUGGCAUGUUAGAUUUGGAUAAUCGUGAAAACGAUAAGGUAGAGCUGAAGGAAAAGUUUGAUAGGCAUUUAACAGAGAAAGAUUUGUCAAGGCAAAAUAAAGAAGAUGACAAAAGAUUUACUCCUGAUAAUUGUAUUGUAUUAGUUUAUGAUUUUCAGGCUGCUAUGCCCUGUCCUAGAGGAGAUGCAUCAAACUUUUAUAACGUAUCGAAAUUAAAUACGUAUAAUUUCACAAUAUGCGAUAUCAAAUCUAAAGACACUGCAUUUUAUGUCUGGCAUGAAGGUGAAGCUAAACGUGGUGCUACAGAAAUAGGAUAA